CUGUGACUUUUAGUGUUUUCACAAAGGAUGCGAAGGCGGCUUUUGCCCAGCACGAUCCUAUGCAUGUUUACUGAAAAGUAAGCCCCAGUGUAUUCAGUACAGAUUUCCUUUGGAUGCUCCUGCCCUUUGCCUGCACUAGGGGAUGCCCCAGUUCACCUUUGCUUGCUUUUGUGGGCUCCAUGGCUUCUGCAACAUGAAGAGGAAAAAGGAAGAGCCCAGCACUGAGCAAGAGACCGCCGUUUGAGAGGAGAAGGCAUUUCCAUUGCCCAUCACUUUAACCACUAUUGAGUUGGAAGAAGAGCACGGUUGUUACGGUAACUUGAUUUGGAGGUGCCACUGAAGGGUUAGGAACAAGCCAAGAGAAUGAAGGCUGUCCUAUAGAGCUUGAGGGCGGAAAUGUCUGGCUCCAUGUUUCCGUUGGAGAUGCUGCCCUCCCUCUUUCAGCUCUCCCAUGGAGCUUGAUGGAUUAGCACAGGAAGAGACUCUGCAGGCCUGGCAGUGGGGAACAUGGCUGUGUGCAAAGAGCAACGUUAUGGAAGCUGUAGAAGCUGGCUGGGCAAAAUAGCCAUUCUCGGCAGUAUCCUAAUUCGAAUCACCCUGAGCUUUACAGACUGUGGGACUCCAAAGAUGAAGUUAGUUUGUUGAGGGUAAUGUCAAAUAUUUGCCCAACAAAGAUGACCAACA